AUGAAGAGUAUUGAGCGACAAGUGGGACAAUUAGCCAAACAAGCUGAACGGCCAACCAAUGUUCUUCCAAGUGAUACGAUACCCAACCCAAGAGACACAGAAAAAGCCAUAAAAUGGGAGGAGUGUAAAGCAAUCACCCUGAGAAGUGGGAAGAAAGUGGAGACAGAAGCCAUUACUCAGGAAGAGCACAUCAAAGAAGGCUUAAAAGAAGAGGUGAAGGAACAAAAGCAGGAGCAAGAAACCUAUACACAAAGUGAUAAAUUGGCUAAGAAGAAGGCAGUGAAAGCAUACCAACCAAUGCUCCCAUACCCUCAAAGCAUAAAUCUGAUGCCUCUAUCUUUGAUGAGGAAGCUUCAGAUUCAUGAAUUGAAACCUACAAAGAUAGCCCUUCAAAUGGCGGAUAAAUCUAUUCAGCAAGCACUCGGGGUUGUAGAGAAUGUAUUAGUAAAGGUGGACAAAUUUUUCCUCCCAGUUGACUUUGUCAUCCUAGACAUAGAGGAAGAUGACAACACUCCCAUUAUUCUAGGGAGGCCCUUUUUAGCUACUGCCAGGGCAUUGAUAGAUGUCGAAAAAGGAGAAUUAAUGCUAAGGGUGCAUGAUGAGCAUAUAGUGUUCCAUGUCUUCAAGAAUUUGCAAGACUCCACCCAAGAGGAAGAGUGUAUGAAGAUUGAUUUCAUAGAUCCAAACUUGAAAGAGGCACCUGAUGAGGCACUUCCAAGCUCAUGCUGGAAAGAAAAUGAAGAGGUGGAGGUGCUGCAAUAA